AUGAGCAGCUGGGUGUGGGGCCUCUGUGGUGGUCCUGAUGCGCCCCAUGCCGCAUUGUCUGUAUCUACAGUCAACACAGAGAGCCGCGGCGUGGGGAUCAAGCAGAGUCAGCUCUCUGUGAGCUCCCACAUUGUGCAAGAGGAUGAAUUACUAAAAGCAUUGAAAACCAAUGAAUCAUUACGCUUGACCUUCAAUUUACAACUGACGGAGAGUACAUCGGUAGAAUGGGAAACCGUGGUAUGGCGAGGCUGCCUGUACAUCCGGGUGCCAAGUUGUCUGCUGCCAGAGGGCUCAAAAGAGGGUUUUGUCUCUCUUCUUGAGUAUGCCGAAGAAACACUGCACUGCACUAACAUAGUCGUCUGCCUGCGCAAAGACCGCACCGAUAGAGCGAUGCUGGUUCGUACAUUCAUGUUUCUGGGCUUUUCGGUCUUACCGCCUGAUCAUCCCCUGGUACCACCAGGCAGCGACACUGGCAAUCUCUACAUGCUCUAUGCCAUUGAGUAAUCAGUAGUCCAGCUCUCGGGCCUCUUUAAUUUAACGCAUAGGUUUUAAUAAUGUAAUUACCGUCAAGAUAAACAAAAUUUGCUUGUGCACACUGCAACCAGUGUGUUGCUCAACCAAUUGAUCAAGAUUAUAAACAGGUUUUGAAACUUCAUUUUGCUGCAUGCGCCAUAUGCUGCAAUUUCUCAGUACAAUGAGAAAUCUGCCAAGCAGCAACUGUUUUUCCCUCUUUUAUAACCCAAAAGUAAACUGAAGAGAGACCCGAUACCUAAGCGUUAAAUUUUAGAGAUAAACAUUUAAAGGCAGAUAGUCGCUUAAAAGUGUAGAUCGCGUACAACCAGCUAUUCAAAAGAUCAAUUCAUUCUCUUGAACACAAUGUUAAGAUUUAUCUCGUAAGAUAUAAAGUGCUCACAAAAGCUUAUCCCACGUAUUUCAAAGAGGUUCAGAGGUUCUUCUUUGCCAGCUCAACAUCAGCAGAGCAAAUUCAACCUUUGAAUCGCCGAGGAAAUUUAUUAUCGACAAAUCUCUAUGUUAAUUGCGUGGCAGAUUGGGCAUCACCUUGACUAUAGAAUAUUUAUGAUGUAACGAAUUUAAUCGUUUAAUGUGCGUAUGAAUAUUAUAAUUAUCGAUAGCAUUAUAUUCCGAGGUUUACGUUUUAUUACAGAAAUGGCCACUAAAACAUUAUGACGCAACCUUAGCUUUUAGUACAAUAUACGUUUAUUAUAUUCUCUUCUGAGAAGUUAAAGAACGGUGCGAGCUUUACGACAUUGUUUUCAAUAAUUUAGUGUGCAAUUUAUAAUUCUUUGGACCUGCUGAAGUGGCUGUGCUGUACUUAAAACUGGUUACUGACGUCACUUUUUACAUCUUGAUCACUGUUAUUUUUGUAUUACUGCAGUAGUUUUCUGUUAUGAAUCAACUGAAAAAAAACCUUUUUAUUUAUAUUCAGUAAUCAGUUGAAGAAGCGUUUCAAGUAUUAUAUAUUCUAUAUUUUAAGAUAUAUGAGCGACAACGCUUGAUAGAACUUCAAAUUCAAAAGCUUGAAGCAAAUUGUAUUGAAACUUAAAAGCUCCAUAUUUUGCAGUUAGUGUUUUUCGCUUUACUUUAUUCCUUGCUAUUAAUGCUGUCAAUAUUAUAUUAUAAUUCUAAUUAUCAUUAGUAUAUAAUUAUUAUUUUAUUUUUUUCGUUAUUGAUGCAUUAUGCAUGUAUUUUAGUGUUUAGCAUUAGUUUUUCGUAUAGGUUUACUAACAAGGUUGAAGAAACAGCUAAUUGGAAUCCCCAAUCGAUUAACAUGAGAAUUUUUGCUAAUAAAUGCGCUCUUUAGUAUUGACAAGGUUAACAGACAAAAAAAAUUCAAAAAUUCAAAAAAAAAAUUUGUAAAAUGUAAAAAAUGCACAAAAAAAUGAUAAAAAUGUUAGUAGUUGGUUAGGUGUAUAAGCAAUAUAUGAGGAAAAUUGGUAUGUUUAUUGUUUUACAAAACUUACCUUAAGUACACGAAAUGCAACAUUAAAAUAGAUUAUUAGACAACUGCUAGUAAUGAAAGAUGAGUGCAUUUUACUUGGACCCAUGAUCAAAAAAUACCGCGAAGAAAUGUACAACAUAGAAGUUCACAAAUGUUAAAAACAGCAAAAAGAUGUUUCUGUGUCCUAAAUUUAUUCUUCAUAUACAUAUAAAGACGUAAUUUCCAAAUAAAUAUUCUGUAAAACGUAAUAUUUACUUUAUUUCACGUUAACCUCUAUUAUCAGAUUUUGAAAUACCACAACACAGCAAAUGCAGAACAUACCACAUGUAAUGUGAAAAAAUUAUGGUAAAAGGCAGUUGUGAUGGAUUCUAUCAUUUAUAUAAAUUUGAAUCAAGUGUACCAUGAGUUCAAUAAAUUGUACGUUAUUAGAGUAAA